GUACGCUAACAUCCAGAGCACCCUGAGUACUAACGGCUACCUGCCAUUGGUGGGCUACCCUCUCCGGCUUCUGCUACAGUAGUGUGUGUGUGUGUGUGUGUGUGUUCAUAAUUCUGUUCAGCUUGUCGUCUGUCCACAUCUGGUUGCCUUUGGACAAGGACGGUGAGACGUCCAGCUUUGACUGUAUGAAUUAAUGUGCCUGAGAGUCUGAUACACAUCUGUUCGAUGGCUACCUCAGGCUCCACCGCCUCUGCCUCAAUCCCAGCCACUGUGCCUGAGGGUUUCCAUUUUGAAACCAAAUAUAUUUUGCUUAACUACCUAGGAAUGGUGCCUGCAGGUAGAUCAGACCAACCAGCUGCAGCUCAAGGAGAUGCAGAGGCUGAGAAAACAAGAUCCAGAGUGAUAAAGGAGCAAAUAGAGGAAGGGCUGAGAGAACUGGAUGGCGAAAUUGCCGCCUCCUUUUCCAGGACGGGAUUCGACCGACACAAUUCACUGGUGUUCGCUCCAGCCAACCCGGAGAACUCCAUUGAGGACUGCCUGGCUGCAGUGGGAGACAGGCUGGCCCAAGAGCUCGACACACACCUGUCAGCAGCCGUACACACACUCCUCACAGGACCUCUGGACUAUCAGAGAUUCAGAUGCACAACACUGGAGCUCUCAACACACACACCGGGAGGCUGGAGCAAGGUGCUUGUUCCGUUAGUGCUGCUCCAGGCUCUACAAAGUGAAGGCCAGUCUGUGAUGACUCUGUUGGACCUGGGGCUUCACUUCCUAGAGGAGAACGAGGCAGACUACAUCACUCAGCUUGGGGGAUGGGGUGAAGUAUUCAGCCUCGUGUUGGAUGAAGAGCGAGGUGUGACUAUUGCCGAAGACAGCAACGACAUUUACAUCCUCUCAGGAGACCAGGAUCACGACCAGAUCAGCCCUCCCUCGUCACUGCUGUGCACCGGAGACAACAGCAGCGAGCAGAGCUCCUGGCAGACAGAAAGCUUACCUGUGUCUCUGGCUGGCCACGAGUCGUGGGCACAGGUUGGUGCGAUGGACCCUGAAGACAUCAAGAGCCUGGACAGCAACGAGGGUGUUGCUCUGGUCGAGGAGCGUAGUGAAAACAACUCCUCAAACUCGGACAUCGUCCAUGUGGAGCGCGAGGAAGCCGAGCUGUUGGAGGAAGGCAGUGAAGGCGGAGUGAUAGAAGAAAGCAUGAUGAGUGUUUUAGGCACUGACAGUGAGCUAGCUGAGCUCAGGGAGGAAUUAAGAGUCCAGACCGCACCUGCACCAGUGACAGCUGAGGCAGACCCCACACCUCCAGCUUCCCUGAUUUCAUUAGAAGAGCCAGUUGUGAUAGAAACACCUGCAAGCUUGUCUGCAGAACCUUCAUUCAUUUCCUCAGAACCAGAGCUGCUUCCCUCUGCCUCUGAACCUGCUGAAGCCCUUCCCACUGAAGCUGAACCUGCAGUACCUUUGUCUGUUCCUGCAGUGGAACCAGAGCCUGAGCCAGAACCAGCUGCUGUCACUGCCCCAGUGACCGAUCCAGUGCCUGCUGAAAUGGCAGUCCCAUCUCCAGCCAAGGAAAUCCCGACAACACCAGCAGAGCCUGAUUACACAUUAGAACUAGCGUCCGAACCAGAGCUGAACCCAGAGUCCAUCACUGUGUUUCACCAGCCAAAGGAAUCGCAGCCAGAACCAGAGACUGUGGCAGAGCUAGACGAUACGGUCGCUGCACCUCCAGUUCCAGAGGCUGUGGAGGCCCCUGUCAAAGCACCAGCUGAGGAGGCCCCAGUGCAGCCGGAGCCAGAAUCAGAGCUCCCAGUGUUGCUUUAUGGAGGGGCUGCUCUGGCAGUCCUUGCAGCUGUUAUAGCCUUUGUUCUCAUACGCUUUCAGAGGAAAUAGCGUAAAAAAGUGUUAUCCUCAGCAGCGGGGAGUGUAGAAUGCUAAGGUAGAAUAAAGGUAUUUGCAUACAUACGGUGAGACUCUCCUUAAAAGUAGUUUUUAAAAAUCUUCCAGGUAUAAAAUGUGUGAAAGUGUCCCCCAGAAAACCAGAAUGUCUUGUCAUCCACAACCUUAGUGCUGGGAGUCCCUCGCUGCUUCUUUCAACCAGGUGCAAACACAGAAAUGUGAAAACGGUGCACUCCACUCUACUUCUUAUUUUCUCUGUUUUUCUUUUGGGGGUCAGUUGCAAUUUUGUUUCCAAUUUCUUUUUGCCUCCAAUCUUUUGUACUUAUUACUGAGUACAAAAGCGUGUGUGAACUUUUAUCCCUCUUCGCUUAGAUUCAGCUUCUGUCGUGUCUCUUGGUUUGCUAUUUGCAUUGUUUCUUUCAUUGGAGUCAGCGACCCUGGAUUGAAAAUUGACAGUGCUCUCACAGGAAACAUAAACCUCAAGUAUAAGUUGUGAUGUUGUGCGACAUAUGGGUUUCUUGCUCUUCCGCCUCCUACGCAACAAAGGGUUAUUUAUAUUUUUCUCCCUGUGAGUAAAUCUGAUACUUUCAUAAACAGACUUCUAUAGAAGUGAAUGGUAUUUUUGAUAUUUUCGAUUGAAACCAAAAAUGAAUCUAACGUGUCCAUAUUGCACAAUAAAUUUGUGAUAUCAGUACAUAAAUUUAAAUAUAGUGUGGUUUUAAAACAUUUAAAAAAAUCUUGAUGCAUAUUGUUUCAGAAACCAGAUGUUUUUUUUGUUUUUUUUUAAAUCUACUAUAUUUGGUUGCAUUAGCCAAACAAGAACCACCGAUUACUUUCAGUGAAAAGUGAGCUAUAAUUACUCCAGAAAAGUAGGGCAUGAAUGCAGCACAUUGAAUCAAUCUAGUUUAUUUAUUUGACAUUUUUUUAGGGUUGAAUUUGACUGGAUCUCUAUUCCCACCUAUCCCAGUUACUCUCACCCUCAUUUCAGUUACUUUGCUUUCGUGCUUUUGCGCCCCAGCAUCUUUAUUUGGUCCUCUGUACUUUGCCUUGUCCCCUUUUCCCUUAUUGCGGCACUGCUCAUAAUACCAGACUAGUUCCACAGAGGUUCAUUUGUAAGUGUCUGCCCCAGUGACAACAUAAUACUUCCCUCCCCAAGUAGAAAGAAAAGCAGUAGCAUGCUGAGAGUUAUUGAAAGCAAAAUCAGGUUGCCAAAAGACAAUCAAAACCACUUGGAACCAUUUCAAAUAUGAUUUGUAGGAAAGUCUUCAGAACAAACAAUAAACUCAACCUCUUACGUAGCUGUAAUUUUGGAUUUUGCGUUCACACUACAUUAAAGAAAUCACUGAACAUUCUAGUAAACCAGCAGAGCACAAGAAACCAAAAUAAUAUACUGAACAGGAAGUGGAAACAAAUAGUGUGGAAUCUCCCUUUGAUUCCCUCAGAGGGAAAACAGCUGGGAAAUUUAUGAGGAACUCAUGUAAUCUGUUAGCCUGGUCCUUAACACACCCUCACUGCUGCUAUCACGCAAAAUCAUUUGAGUUUAAAGAUAUUAUAGGAAUUUGUAUGAAUGUUCAUGUCACCUUCAGUACUGCAAAUGUAGUUUAAGUUGAUGAGUGUAACAUCUACUUUCAAAGGGAAACUUUACAAGUCCAGAGCAGGAUGGAUGUCAAAAACAAUACCCAACAUGGCAUUUUGUACCUCGAGUUUCCUACAGAACAUUGUUUGAAGCAAAAAACAAUAAAGAGAUUAAACUAC